ACUGCUUUUGUCACGGACGAGGUGAAAAACAUCGUCAAAGAUAGUAUUGAAAGUACUGUGGGUACGUCCACCUACAGUCACACAAAAGUUCAACAAUGGACAUCAUCUGUCAUUGAACAGUGUCUAAAUCAUCUAACUAAAUUGGGCAAACCGUUCAAAUAUGUCGUUACGUGUGUUAUAAUGCAGAAAAGCGGCGCGGGAUUGCACACGGCGAGCUCGUGCUAUUGGGACAGCGCUACGGACGGUGAGUUUCUCUUAGAAUUUGUGCCAUAUUCGCUAUUCUACGCAUACAUUUCCCCAUAUCCUUUUGAAUUCUGA